AUGGCUUACGCAGAUUCGUGGAAGAAUGACCUCAAUCUCAAAGAAGAUUUAUUGAAGUAUGUUACACAGAAUUUGAGAAGGGAAGAAAUAUUAGAUUUUGUAAAAAGGGACUAUAACCAGUAUCCGUGGAGCUUACGUACACUCGAUCGCAAGCUUCGAUAUUUUAGUAUCAACUAUACUGACACUACUGUAAGCAUCUCUGAAGUCAAGAGAGCAGUGCAAACAGAGAUUGAUGGACCUGGGUGUUUACUAGGUUAUCGUGCUAUGCAACAGAAACUAAGACAAAAGCACGGCCUGAAUGUACCGUAACAUGUGGUAUAUAAUGUCAUGAGCGAUUUAUGUCCAUAAGAGUUAGAAGAUAGACGGCCUGACAAAAAGAAGAGAAAAAAAGGACACUUCACAACGAAAGGUCCUAAUUGGGUUUAGUCGCUAGACGGUCACGACAAGAUGAUGGGGUCUCAAAACUCUACUUUCCCUAUUGCAAUAUAUGGUUGUAUUGAUACAGCCAGUAGAAAGAUUUUGUGGAUAAAAGUAUGGAGCACAAACUCUAAUCCAAAAUUUGUUGGUAAAUGGUAUUUGGAAUAUAUUUACGGAACUAAAAUUAUACCAAAGUACCUAAGAGUUGACAAGGGAACAGAAACUGGUGUUACGGCAACUAUGCAUGCGUUCCUGAGAAUUAAUCACAAUGAUCUUGAAGAUCCAACAGAUUCUGUACAGUAUGGGCCAUCUACAUCUAAUCAAAUAGAACGAUGGUGGCGCGAGUUGCACGAGAGACUUGAAAAAUACUAUAGACUUGGGUUAAUGUGGCUAAAAGACCAAAAUCAUUAUGAUCCAUCGAUUAAAAAAGACAGACUAUCCCUUGCUUACAUUAUGAUUCCAUUUAUGCAAAGAGAAAUAGACGAAUUUAAGGAAACAAUAUGGAACUCUCACAGAAUACGAAAGCAGAAAGAGACCUACAUGCCAGACGGUGUACCUAAUCAUAUCUACGCAUUUCCAAAUCGAUAUGAAUUGGAGGAGUGUGGAAUGGGAAUUACAGACGAUGAUUUAAAAAAUGUUGCCUCCUCUUCUGAAGUUCUUGACACAGAUGAUGAUUAUUUAGAAAAGGAUUUCCUUGAAAAAUGUGAACAAAUUAUACCUAAUCCCCCAGAACUUCAGUAUGAAGAAUAUGUUAAAGCAUAUCUGACUUUGAAAAACGAAUUAACAAAUGGAACAACUAGUUUAUAA